AUGGCCGCAGGAGUUCGAUCAUUUAGAGAUACACAUGAAGCCAACGACGAUGGUACAUUUCCGGCGACGACGGUUGACGCGGCGGUUAGAAGCCGAGCACCGGCGCGGCAGGAUAAGGCAGAUGAAGGACUCUUUUCUUUGUCAUCUUUCUCAAAUCCUAUCGGAUUCUUGAGUGAAUUUACAGAGGAUGAUUUCAAGCAGAGAAUCAGCUCGACGAUCAAGAAGAUUAAAGCAGGGUGUUUGUUGCAAGGAGGCCAAAAACGUAUUGGGAAUAACAGAAGGGAAUUGAGUACAAUUGAUGCCAACAUAGUUGAAGUUGUUCCGCACCCUUGUGCUGCUGUAAAAAAGGGCUCUGAAAGAGAGGUUUUGCUGCACAAGUGGCGGCAAAGGUACAUUCCCUUGAGAAUUAAUGAAGAUUAUCUCUUGUUCGGCAUGAAAAUCGUGCAGUCAAAUUCGUUCGCAUGCCAACUGGAGGACUGUAUUAUUAUGGAUGCAAUAGAUGAAGAAGAUCACAAGGCCACGGGCGAUCACGAAGUGCCCAUGAUGUGGAAGUUGAAAUGGAACACUGAUGGGAGUGAGGCUGUGGUGGACAUAGUUGGUGUUGAUAACAAGAACCCGCUCGCAGUCACCGAGUACAUUGAUGAUAUAUAUGAUUAUUACAAGAAGGUCGAGGAAGCUUGUAGUGUCUCUAUACAAGGAAUCUGUGGAAUGGUCAAACUGGAUGGCUGCUCAGUGUUUCGAUGUGCGGUGGAGGCGACAUGGAAGGGUGUGAGAUCGAGCAGCGGUGAAGGGAGGGCAUCCUUUCGACCGGCCCAAGUAAUCUCAGGAAAUAAGAGCAAUUGGACUUUUUGUACGAAUCAGGAUCGACUGUUGUGA